AUGGAUAAAGGUUUAGGAAUUCUCUAUCAUAAACUAACUAAUCUAUUUCAUACAAACACAUCUACAUCAUCUUCAUCAAAUGCUUCAUCAUCUGUACCUGAAACAAGUGCAUCACUUCCAAUUUCAACAUUUUUCGAUCGAUUAAUUCCAUCAUCAACAACAUCAGUGAAUAUUGUACAUAACAAUAAUCAAUAUCAUAGGUCUUCUCGUGUUAUUCGUCAAAUAUCAAUUAAAACUGAUGAAAAUCGUUUAUCAUCAUCGACUAUUCCGAAUUCUUCUCCAAAAAUAACACCAAUCAAUAUAACGAAACAACCAAUUACUACUGAAGAACAAAAUAAAAAUGAACAACCAGAUCUUGUAUCAACUUCUCUCCAAUGUCAUUCUGAAACAACAUCGUCUAUUCCUGGAAUGGAUGAUGCAGAAUUUCGUCGUCGUGGAAAAGAAAUGAUUGAUUAUAUUGCCGAUUAUCUUCUUCAUAUAAGUGAUCGUCGUGUAACACCUGAAGUUGAACCAGGUUAUUUACGACCAUUAUUACCAAAAAAUGCACCAAAAAAAAGUGAAAAAUGGGAAGAUAUAAUGCGUGAUGUUGAACGAACAAUUAUGCCUGGUAUAACACAUUGGCAACAUCCACGUUUUCAUGCUUAUUUUCCAGCUGGAAAUAGUUAUCCAUCAAUUCUUGGUGAAAUGCUUUCGGCUGGUGUUGGUAUUGUUGGUUUUUCAUGGGCAGCUAGUCCAGCAUGUACAGAACUUGAAACAAUUAUGUUAGAUUGGAUUGGUCGUAUGAUAGCUUUACCGGUUGAUUUUCUUCCAUUUGAUCCAAAUCGUGAUGAUGAAGAAAGUGAUGAUGAUGAAUCAUGUUUAGACACUGACGAUGACGAUGAUGAAUCAAAUAAUGAUCAUUUACAUGAUCCAGUUAUUAAUGGAGAUAAUAAUCAUGAACGAAAACAAAAUCGACAUAUUGGUGGUGGUGUUCUUCUUGGCUCGGCAAGUGAAUGUAUUCUUGUUGCAAUGUUAGCUGCUCGAACAAAGAAAAUUACUGAUAAACGUCAAAGUGAUCCAUUAAUUGAAGAUGGACAAAUUUUAGCAAAACUUGUUUGUUAUACGUCAAAACUUGCACAUUCAUGUGUAGAAAAAGCUGGAUUAAUUGCAAUGGUUCGUGUUCGUGAAUUACCUGUUGAUGAAAAUUUUUCAUUACGUGGUAAAACACUUGAUGAAUGUAUUCGAGCUGAUAAAGAAAAAGGAUUAAUACCAUUUUUGGUAUCAGGUACAUUAGGUACAACAUCAUGUUGUUCAUAUGAUAAUCUUGAAGAAAUUGGUGAAAUAUGUCAACGUGAACAACUUUGGUUUCAUGUUGAUGGUGCCUAUGCUGGUAGUGCUUUGAUUUGUGAAGAAUAUCGUUAUAUAAUGAAAGGAUUACAAUAUGCAGAUUCAUUUAAUACAAAUCCAAAUAAAUGGUUAUUAAUGAAUUUUGAUUGUUCAUGUUUUUGGGUUCGAGAUAAAUUUGCAUUAAUUAAUGCAAUGUCUGUUGAUCCACUUUACCUUCAACAUAAACAUGCUCAACAUGCAGUUGAUUAUCGUCAUUGGGGUGUUGCUUUAAGUCGUCGAUUUCGUGCACUUAAACUUUGGUUUACAAUACGAAGUUAUGGUAUUGAAGGUCUUCGUCAUUAUAUUCGAGAACAUUGUCGUUUAGCAAAAGUAUUUGAGUUAUUAAUAAGAACAGAUUCUCGUUUUGAAAUUAUCGGUAAUGUUACAUUAGGUCUGGUUUGUUUUCGUUUAAAAGGUAGUAAUAAAUUAAGUCAAACAUUACUUUUAUCACUUAAUGAUUCUGGUCUUAUACAUAUGGUUCCAUCAAUGGUUAAUGAUUUAUAUAUAAUACGUUUUGCUAUUUGUGCUAAACAUGCAACUGAUGAUGAUAUGCAUGUUGCAUUUCAUGUUAUUCAAGAACAUGCUGAUAGUGUUAUUGCUGAAUAUCGUGCUCAACGUAGUAGACGACAAUCAUCAUCAGCUGAUUCACUUGAAUCAUCUGUUAAACAAGCUUCUACGACUAAUAUUGAACAAGAUACAGUUGUAUCACAGGAAACAAUGAAACCAGAACAAUUACCAGAAACACCAAUCGUUUCAAAGAUUUAUCCGAAAACGAAAAUUCGAGCAAAUACAAUAACAACAAUCACACCACAUCAUCGUGUAACAUUUGAGAAACCAAUAUCAAAUUUAUUGAAAGAAAAACGUCCACGUCCAAUGUUUGUUCGUAUGGUAUCUGAUGCUAAAUCACAUUAUCCAAAACGAACUGUAUCACAAUUAUCUCGACAAACAUCAUUAGUAACACCACGAGGACGUAAACGUAUACAAAGUGAUUCAGGAAAUGCUGCAGGUCGGUCAUUAAGUGAACGUUAUUUAUCACGUACAGUAAGUAUUUUAGAAACGGUCACUUCAGAUGAAGGUGAAAUUGAUGAUAUUAAACAAUAA